AUGGCUGCACCCAACGUGUCACUAGCCUGGCGGGAUUUCUACUUUCUCCCUGAACCAAGGUCAGGACAGGCCCUGCUGCUUUUUACCCAGCCGGCUUACAAUGCUUCUGUCUUUGAAAACUCUGCUGCCAGAACGUAUAUGUGGAGUGCUGUUAAGAUGGGUAUUGUACUGAACCCCCCGCAAUCCUUGGAUAUCAAAUAUACCAUCCAGUCCGGGGACAGUGAAGGCAUCUUUCAGGCUGAGGAUGUUACACUAGGAGACUUUUGUUUUCUUCGAAUACGCACUAAUGGUGGAAGUGGUGCUAUUUUGAACCGAGAAGUUCAAGACAAUUACACCCUGACUGUAAAAGCAUCUGCCCAAGGAGGUCUAGAGGCCUUAACCACUGUUUAUAUCAAGGUUUUGGACACUAAUGACCUACGCCCGCUCUUUUCCCCCACCUCCUACUCAUUUGUUGUGGCAGAGUCUGCACCCUUAGGCACCAGCAUUGGCCGAGUUACAGCCACAGAUGCGGAUGUUGGCUCGAAUGGAGAAUUUUACUAUUUCUUCAAAACAAGAGUGGAACUUUUUGCUGUUCAUCCAACUAGUGGAGUCAUCACUCUCACAAGACGGCCUAGAAUAGACAAGCAGGAUCGCUAUGAAAUUGAGGUGCAAGUGAUUGACAGGGGGAUGAAGUUGUAUGGCAGUAGUGGAAUUAGCAGCACUGCUAAACUAACACUAAAUGUACAGCGUGUGAAUGAGUUUGCUCCUUUCCUCAAUGCUGUUACAGUUGAGCCUUCAUGGGACGACAUGGAUCCUGUCUAUGCUGUUAUAACUGUGGACGACAAAGAUGAAGGGGUUUCUGGGGAUAUAGAAUGGGUGUCUAUCACUGAUGGAGACCCUUUUGAACAGUUCAUAGUCCAACGCUCCUCAGCUGGGAAUGAGUACAAAAUCAAAGCUUUAGACUUGAUUGACUGGGACAAAUUUCCCUUUGGUCUCAACUUGACAGUCCAAGCUAAAGACAGGGGUGUUCCUCCCAAGUUUUCUGAAAAUCUAAUUGUUCAAUUGUUGGUUACAAAGCCACUUCCAGUAACAGUAAAUUUUGAACGAGAUGUUUAUGUAGUCAAACUGAGUGAAAUCGCUCCCCCAAGCACUUUUGUGGAGGUGGUGAAAAUCUCCCCAGCUCCUUCGAGUGUCAAUUACAGCUUCACCAGGCUUUCAGAUCCAAUGUUCUUUGAUAUAAACCCUUUGACUGGAGUUAUUAUGACCACAAGGCAACUGACAGGCAUAUCACAGGAUUUCAUGGAGAUGGAGGUAGCUGAUAUUGUCAGCCAGCAACGUGCACGAGUCAGAGUAAUCAUAGAGGAUGCAAAUGAUAACAGCCCAGUCUUCGGCAGUCGGCAUGAUGUCGCUGUGAAUGAGAGUACACCUGUGGGCACAGUGGUUAUUGCAGUAUCAGCCACAGAUUUUGAUAAAGGAGAGAAUGGAUACAUUACCCACACAAUCAGUAAUGAUCUGGACUUGCCAUUCAGCAUAGACCAGAGCACAGGGGAGGUUAGAGUCACUAAGGAGUUGGAUUUUGAAUCUGCAGAAGAUUUCUAUACUUUUGCAGUGCGGGGGUCAGACUGGGGAACUCCAUACAGAAGAGAAAGCGAAGUCAAUGUUACAAUCCGUUUGGUGAACAUAAAUGACAACCCUCCUGUAUUUGAGAAAGUGUCUUGUAGAGGCAUGAUAAGUCGAGAAUUCCCUGUCAACCAAACUAUCGUCACCAUGUCUGCUGUGGACAUGGAUGAGCUGGGAUUGGUGAGGUACCAAAUAAUGUCUGGUAAUGAGUUAGACUAUUUUACUCUACACCCUGUUUCUGGCGCUCUGUCAUUGAAAAGACCAUUAGCCAUACUUAAUAUAAAAAAUGGCAUAUUCAACCUGAAAAUAGUCGCAACAGAUGGUGAAUUGAUAUCAGAGCCUACAUUUGUCAACGUGUCUGUGGUGAGGGGUAGAAUGCCACCUGGGGGCUUUAAUUGCAGGGAGACCAGGGUGGCCCAGAUGUUAGCUGAGAAAAUGCUCUCCAAAGCCUCAGCUAUGGCAAAGCCAAGUUAUUCUGAAAGGUACACAGCCGACCUUUACUCCACAAACACGCAAGCACCACAGUUUGAAGCCUUACCAACAAGUAUUUUAGUACGCGAGGACCUACCUGUUGGUGCUAGUGUAUUUCAAGUGAGAGCACGCGAUAGUGAUACAGGCUUCAAUGGACUUGUGCUCUUUUCAAUAUCUGACGGGAAUAAAGAAAACUGUUUUAAAAUUGAUAUGGAGAGCGGACUUAUAAGUGUGCUACUGCCACUUGACCGUGAAAGGACAGACCGUUACUUCCUCAACAUUACCAUCUACGACCAGGGUGAUCCACAAAUGUCAAGCUGGCGCUUACUGACAGUGAUCAUAGAGGAUGCGAAUGACAAUGACCCCAUGUUCUUACAAGACACUUACUCUGCCAUUGUUGAAAAUGCAGUUAUUGGAUCUGAAGUCAUCAUUAUCAUGGCGUUUGACAGAGACAUGGGUCAAAAUGGACAGCUGGCUUACAUUAUGCUGACUAGUGUCCCUCAGUUUGGAAUAGACAGCGAAACUGGGAGUGUGUUUGUAGCCAGUAACUUGGACAGAGAGAGCUCCCCCAUAUUCCUGCUGAAAAUUGAAGUGCGGGACAAGGCAGAACGAGGCACCCGAAGGUCAUCUGUGACUACAUUAAGUAUUAUAGUGGAGGAUGUUAAUGAUUGCGCCCCGACUUUUAUACCCAGAAGUUUUAGUGCCAAAGUGCUGGAGGAUCUUCCGCCCGGAGCUGUCAUUAGCUGGGUCCAAGCCCAAGACCCAGAUGUAGGACCUGGUGGGCAAGUCUGGUACUCUCUGAUUAACGACUUUGGUGGCACUUUUGAGAUCGAUCCUGUAAGUGGAGCUUUGAGGAUAAGGAUGGAGCUGGAUUUUGAAAAACAGCAGUUUUACAACUUGAGUGUUUUGGCUGAAGAUCGGGGAGCACCCAGUCUGAGUGCACAGACAUUUGUGGAGGUGGAGGUGGUGGACGUGAAUGAGAAUCUGUAUGCACCUUAUUUCCCUGAGUUUGCUGUGAGGGGCUUGGUAAAGGAGAACAGUCGCGUGGGCACCAGUGUCCUGACAGUCAGUGCUCAGGACGAAGACCGCGGACGAGAUGGGCAGCUGAGGUACUCUAUCAGAGGAGGCAGCGGGCUCGGCACUUUCACCAUUGACGAAGACACAGGGGUGAUUUACACAGCUGCUAUCCUGGACUCUGAGAGCAAAGACUCCUAUUGGCUUACAGUGGAUGCCACAGACAGGGGGGUCACACCUCUGUCUGCCUCCAUCGAAGUCUAUAUUCAGGUUGAAGAUGUUAAUGACAAUGCCCCACUGACGUCAGACCCCAUCUACCAUCCCGUCAUCAUGGAGAACUCCCCCAAAGACGUGUCUGUGAUUCGCAUCCAGGCCCAGGACCCUGACCUCACAGCGAUGCCCAACCGCCUCACCUAUCGCAUCAGCGCCGGCAACCCUCAGAACUUCUUCACUAUUAACCCCAAAACAGGUCUGAUUACCACAACAGCGAGGAAACUGGAUCGGGAACAACAAGCGGAGCACUUUUUAGAGGUUACAAUCAUAGAUGGUCCAGUGGCGACUCGACAGUCCACAGUCUGGGCCAUAGUCCACAUUGAAGAUGAGAAUGACAACCCACCCACCUUCCCGGAGCUCAUGUACCGUAUCCGUCUGCCUGAACGAGAUAGAAACAAACGUGGAGAGCCAGUCUACCGCGUCUUUGCUUACGACCGAGAUCUUGGGGCCAACGGAAACAUCACCUACUCUAUUGUAGCUGGAAAUGAGGAUGACAAGUUCACCAUUGACCCCCGGACUGCCACGGUAUCAUCCAAGAAGAUGAUGUUAGCAGGCAGCUUUGACAUCCUUACGAUCAAAGCUGAAGAUAGUGGUGAUCCUCCUCUUUGGUCCACUGUCAAACUUUAUGUUGAAUGGAUUCGUAAACCAGUUCCCUCCCCUUCACCCCUGCUGUUCACCCAGAGGUACUACAACUUCUCUGUUCUGGAGACAGCAGCUGUUGCUCAGCCAGUGGGUGUGGUUGCCGUCAGCCAAUCAAACAUGCCAGUCUGGUUCAACAUUGUAGGAGGACGCCUUGCCAGAGAAAUGUUCUACAUCCCACAAAAUGCAUGUGGAAGGAACUGCUCACUUGAUACAGGGAGCUUUGACAUGCAGUUUGACCUCCAAGUGGGGGUGGGGACAUUGGUGGUGGCCAGACCUCUGGAUGCAGAGAUGCAAUCGGUGUACAACAUGACUAUCCAGGUGACAGAUGGUAGCAGCCUCGCCACGGCACAGGUUUUCAUCCGGAUUUUGGAUAGCAAUGACAACCCUCCAGUAUUCUCUCAGUCUGCGUACGAUGUGAGUGUGUCUGAGGAUAUUCCAGUGGACACAGAGCUUCUGCGUGUGCGAGCGACAGACGUGGAUGAGCGUGCACGUUUGAGCUUCUCCAUCUACGGCUCAGUGGAUCCUGCCAGUAUGAGGCUGUUCAGAGUCAACCCUGGGACCGGGGUGGUCUACACUGCAGACAGGCUGGACUAUGAGGCGCGGACACAGCACAUUCUCACUGUUAUGGUCAAGGAUCAGGAGUUUCCAUUUAACCGUGACCUGGCACGGAUCCUGGUUGCUGUGGAGGACUCCAACGAUAAUAUCCCAUACUUUACCAGCACUGUGUAUGACGCCACUGCCUACGAGUCUUUCUCUAUAGGCACCUCUGUCUUGCAAGUCACAGCUUUAGACAAAGACAAUGGGAUUAAUGGACAACUUGCAUACAGCAUAGAAGCAGGUAACACAGGUGGUGUGUUCAGCAUAGAUAAUAGCACAGGCCUAAUAUUCACUGCCCGGGAGUUGGACCUUACCUGCGUUGGCUUCUACACCCUCACUGUGCGGGUCACUGACAGUGGAUUUCCUCCUCUAAUGGCAACAGCCACAGUCCGCAUCGCUCUGACCCUCUCCGAAUUUUCCACACCCAAGUUCACACAAAGGGAGUACCAAGCUGAGAUCAUGGAGAACAGCACCAUUGGAACUCAUGUGACCACUGUGAGUGCCAUAAGCCGCUCUUCUCUUAUUUAUGACCUUGGCCGAGGCAAUGAAGAUAACUGCUUUGACAUCAACCAUCACACCGGUGUAAUCAUGACUCGCAAACUGCUUGACUUUGAGCAAACAGCCUCUUACGUUCUAGUGGUGAAUGCUUUGAGUAUGUCUGGAGUAGAAGCCAGCUCUUCUGUCCUUAUCCAGGUUGGAGAUGUCAAUGACAGCCCCCCCGUAUUUCAAAAACUCAGGUAUGUUGGUGUAAUCAGUGAAGCAGCUCCAGUCAACAGUGUUGUUCUGGGAGAGGAUGGUACACCUUUAGUCAUCCAGGCGACUGACAAGGAUCGUAAUCACAACUCCUUGUUAGUGUUCCAGAUUAUAGAUGAGACCGCACGCAUGUUUUUCAGUGUGGACUCUGGGACUGGCUCGAUCCGGACAAUUGCUUAUUUGGAUUAUGAGACCUUUUCUGAUUUUAUGUUUCGAGUUCACGUCCGAGACAGCGGCCACCCUCCUCGUACCGCCGACAGCCCUGCCGAAGUGAUUAUAAAAGUGAUCAACAUCAACGAUUCCCCUCCAAAAUUCGCUCAAGACACUUAUGAGGCUGUCCUCCUUUUGCCAACUUACUUGGGUGUUGAAGUUUUACGGGUUGAGGCGUUUGACCCUGAUUUGACCUCUGAACCCGACAGCUCUAUGACAUCGCAGCUAAUCUACUCUCUGGUGGAUGCCGAAUAUUUCUACAUUGAACGCUACACUGGCAUUGUGACCGUUGUAAAUCCAAACCUCAAUAAAGAGCGCUACCGUUUCAAUGUAAAGGUUUGGGAUGGCCGUUUUUCCAGCAUGACGUUAGUGACAGUGCUGGUUCGUGAAGCUCUGGACAGUGGUCUUCUCUUUGCGUUACCAGUCUACUCAGCCUCUGUCCGCGAGAACACAGCUAACAUUACCAUGCUAACUGUGGUAAAUACUGUCGGCCAUCGCCUUAAUGAGCCCCUGAAGUACUCGCUACUGAAUCCUAGUGGGCGAUUUGAGAUCCGUCCCACCUGUGGAGUACUGUUGACCACGGGGAAGCCUUUUGACAGGGAGGAGACUCCAACAUACACACUGGUGGUGGAAGUGCGAAGAGAGGAGGAGGUACUGAGGGUGGCCAGAGUCACCGUGCAAGUACAAGUAGAGGAUAUGAAUGACAACACCCCUUUAUUUAUGAACCUCCCAUACUAUGCUACUGUCCAAGUGGAGGCCGAACCCGGAUCUGCCAUCUUCACUGUGUCUGCCUCAGAUUUAGACAGUGGAGUCAAUGGAGACAUUAUCUACAGCCUCAAGGAGCAACACAGAAACUUCCAGGUGAAUCCAGUUACAGGAGAGCUUACUCUACUGCAAGCUUUUGAAUCGGAUCUCUCUAAUGCAGAGUAUAUACUAACCAUUGUGGCCACUGACAGAGGAUUCCCCAGUUUGUCCAGUGAGGUUGAGGUCCCUGUCAAUGUAGUGAACAAGGCAAUGCCAGUUUUCGACAAGUCCUUUUAUGGAGUCACUGUCCGAGAAGAUGUUUCUAUCUCCACCUCUAUCCUGCGCAUCAACGCCACCUCUCCUGAGGGCCAAAGUGUCAUCUUCACUAUCACAGACGGGGACCCUUCACUGCAGUUCGACAUUGGUUUUGAUACUGGAGUUAUCUCUGUUAUCUACCCGUUAGACUAUGAGACCACCCAGUAUUACAGACUGACAGUGAAGGCGACAGACACACUCACUGGUGCCAAGUCUGAUGUGGAUGUAGACAUCGUCGUGCUGGAUGUGAACGACAAUCCGCCGUUGUUCCAGAAUAAUUCCUACUCUGCCGUCCUGUCGGAAAAUGUCAUGAUUGGGACAACAGUUUUACAGGUGUUCACGCUGGAUCAAGACACAGAGAAGAAUGCCUUAGUGAGUUACCAAAUCCUAUCAGAUAUUUACAACAGUUCAGACUACUUCCAGAUUGACAGCAGCAGUGGCCUUGUAUACACUGCCCGUCUCCUUGACUACGAACUCCUCCAAAGAUACAACUUUAUUGUCCGGGCGACAGACAGUGGAGAUCCGCCCCUCAGCAGUGACGUCAGCAUCACAGUGACUAUAACAGACACCAACGACAACCCUCCCAACUUCAGCCAAACUCUUUACGAAGCUUUUGUGAGUGAGCUGGCACCCAGGGGACACUUUGUGACCUGUGUCCAGGCCUCAGACGCAGACAUUUGUGAUGCAGAUAAGCUCAGGUACAGUAUCCUCUCUGGAAAUGAGCGCAUGACUUUUAUGAUGAAGUCAGAUACAGGAGUGCUUACUCUGUCUAACAAGAGGAGACAAGGCAUGAAACUGUCCUAUCAGCUCAAUGUUUCUGUGUCAGAUGGAGUCUUCACUAACACAGCUCAGGUUAUCAUCCGUGUUUUGGGAGCUAACUUAUACAGCCCUGUUUUUAGCCAGCGGUUCUAUCUGGCCGAGGUCAGUGAAAAUGCUCCUCCAGGGUCAAGGGUCAUUCAGGUCCUAGCAACUGAUGAGGACUCAGGAUUAUAUGGUCAGAUCACAUACUCCUUUGUCAAUGACCUGGGAAAAAGUCAGUUCACUAUUGAUGCAGAUGGAGUUAUAUCGUCCAAUCAGAAGCUGGACAGAGAAAACCCUCUGAAUAAAGAUAUGGUGCUGACUGUGAUGGCCCUUGAUGGAGGAGGCCGUGCCUCUUUCUGCACAGUCAGGGUGGUCCUUGCUGAUGAGAAUGACAAUGCCCCCCAGUUCAGGGCAGUGGAGUACAGAAUGAGCAUCAAAGCUAACGUGGCUAAAGGAUCACUGGUCACUCAGAUCCAGGCCACAGACCCAGACACUGGCUCUAAUGGGAGAAUCACCUACUCCCUGUACAGCGAGGCGCGACUCUCACUGGUCGAUGUGCUGGAGGUGGAGGCGGACAGUGGAUGGAUGAUGACCAAGAGCACUGUGGACCAUCUCCAAGGGACCGUCUUGUCUUUUUUUGUCAAAGCUACAGAUGGUGGCUCUCCCCCAAAACACUCUCUGGUCUCUGCCUUCAUUCACGUGGUCCCACCGGAUGCUUUUGUUCCCUCCUUCAGCCAACCACAGUACUCCUUCACCAUCCCAGAGGACACAGCAGUUGGGACAGCAUUGGGCUCUGUGUACAUGGGUGCAGGACAGACUGGGUUCUUCACUGCUAUAGCUGGGGAGACAAAGGAUAGUAACAAGGAAGGGACAUUUUUAGUGGAGAAGGAGACUGGAUUGAUUCGGUUGGUUGUGCCUCUUGAUUACGAAGAGGUUAACAAUUUUAGAUUCAAGGUUUCCGCGACGACCAGAAGAGACCUGAUAGAGGCUGUGUCUACUGUCGAUGUGGAAGUGAAGAUCCUUGACAUUAAUGACAAUAAACCACUUUUUGAAACCAACCCUUAUGUAGCCACUGUGAUGGAGGGCAUGCCCGUUGGGACCAGAGUGGUGCAAGUACGAGCGCUUGAUCCAGACUGGGGCUCCAAUGGACAGGUGACGUACAGCAUUGGGGCUAUGUUAACUAAUUCAGAGUUAACAAAGGAAACUCGCUCAUUCACUAGUACAGACAGAAGAGCCUCAUUUGCCAUUGACAGUAAGACAGGUUGGAUCACCACAUUGACCCAAAUGGACCACGAAUUCUGUUCCAGCUACAGUUUUGAAGUUGUAGCCUCAGAUUUGGGAGAAGCGCAGUCACUAUCCUCUACAACUGUUGUAACCAUCACUGUAUCGGACGUCAAUGACAACCCACCUCAGUUUGAGCGGGAGCUGUACCGAGGGGCAGUGAAGGAGAGUGAUCCGCUGGGGGAGGUGGUGGCUGUCCUCAAAACCAGAGAUCGUGACGGAACGGACCAAAACCGAAUGGUCAGCUUCUACAUUACCGGAGGGAACUUGCGAGGUGUGUUUGGUUUGGCUCUGGUUCAGGGCGAGUGGAAAGUGUAUGUUAGUGGGAUUCUGGACCGGGAGCAGCAGGACUGGUACCUGCUCAACAUCACCGCAAGUGACGGACUCUACGUGGCUCGCACCGCUGUGGAAGUUACUGUCAUGGACGCCAAUGACAACAGCCCCAUCUGCAACCAGGCGGUGUACAGUGCAUCUUUUCCCGAGGACACUCCUACUAACAAGGGAAUACUGACAGUGGGAGCAACAGAUGCCGACUCAGGAUCGAGUGCAGAGAUCCAAUAUUCACUGUUUGGUAUUGGUGUGGAGGAUUUCUACAUGGAUGCAAACACAGGCGAGCUCCGUACAGCCACCACAAUGGACCGCGAGGUGACACCCAGCUACCGUCUCAUUGCUCAGGCGACAGAUGGAGGAGGCCUGUUUUGCCGCUCUGACAUUUCCCUGAAGGUGUUGGAUGUGAAUGACAAUGCGCCGUCUUUCUCCUCCUCUCAUUACAUGUCGAGCGUGUACGAGAGUGCUGUGCCCAAAGCUUUGCUCACACGCCUUCAAGCCAGUGACCCGGACGAAGGUUUCAACCGCACAAUUGUUUACUCCUUGUUGGAUACUGUUAAUGGAUUCUUCUCCAUUGACCCUAUUUCUGGAGUGGUCAUUCUCGAGAGGCCUCUAGACAGAGAAAUCCGUGACUCUUACCGUCUCCGAGUUCAAGCAACUGACCAGGCGGGACAACAGGGGGCGCUGUCCUCUCAGGUGGAUUUGACCAUUUUAGUGCUGGACGUGAAUGACAAUGCACCAGUCUUUCAGAGGAGAGAUUAUAUGGUCACAGUUCCCGAAGAUGUUGCCGUGGGGACAGAGGUGAUGCGUGUCCUAGCCACCAGCGCGGACAUCGGGCCAAACGCUGAGAUCACAUAUAGCAUACGGUCCGGCAAUGAGCUGGGCAAGUUCUCCAUAGACAGAAAAUUGGGCUCUAUCACAGUGGCUGAUGACUUGGAUUUUGAGGUGUGUAAGGACUUCUACCUGACAGUGGAGGCCUGGGACAAUGGGAAUCCCCCUCUGAGUACGGCGAUCAUGGUCACCAUUGAACUUAUGGACGUCAAUGACAACACUCCCACUUUCAGCCAGGACAUAUAUAAUGUUCUAGUCAGCGAGGACGCAGCUGUUGGACACACUGUCACCAGGUUAUUGGCCGAGGAUCUGGACAGUCAGGUUAACGGCCGAAUCACCUACUCCAUAAUGAAAGGAGACCGGAGUAACCACUUCUGGAUUGACCCCGUGACAGGCCUGCUCAAAGUCAAUAAGCGCCUUGACAGAGAACUAGUAUCCAGGUACACUCUGUCUGUGCAGGCCUUUGACAGUGGCUCCCCUGCCAUGUCAUCCACUGUCACAAUUAAUAUUGAUAUUGCGGAUGUAAAUGACAAUGCUCCGGUUUUCACGCCUCCCAACUCAACAGCUAUUAUACAGUUAAACCAGCCUGCAGGCUCUGUUCUCCAGAGAUUGUCCAUCACUGAUAAAGACUCCCCCAGGAACGGUCCUCCUUUUGAGUUCCGCAUAGUUUCUGGGAAUGAGGGCAACUUCUUCACAUUAGACCAGAGUGGCACCCUGAGGUCCAGCCGUGUGUUUGGACCUGAUUCACCAAGAGAAUUCACCUUAGAAAUACAGGCAAGUGAUUCUGGUAAGCCUCGCCUCACUACCUCAUCCUGGCUCUUCUUAAGGGUGAUUGGAAACAGCCAGUACAAGCCUGCUGUCUCACCCCUCGAAAUCUUUAUUGUGAUGGUGACUGAUACGUUUCAAGGUGGUCCCAUUGGUCAAAUCUACGCCACCGACCGAGACCCCAAUGAUGUCCUCUCCUUUACUCAGAAAUCUCCCCCCAAAAGCAUGUUCAGCAUAAACAGACAAGAUGGCAGCAUCAUAGCACUACCGGGACUGGAGCCAGGCAGGUACCAGAUGAAUGCCACAGUGAGUGACGGUCGGUUUGCGGUGAUCGCUGAUGUGUCUGUGCUGGUGGAGCAGAUCACAGAUGUAUUGUUACGCAGUGCAUUGACCCUGCGUUUUAGGACUCUCUCCCCGGAGGACUUACUCGGCCGCUACCUGGGCCAGAUAAAACUAAUGUUGCGUGGGAUAGCCGGCUGGAAGUGGUCGCCGGGACAACCAGACCCUCUACACAUCCUGGGUAUACAGCCCGUGAUCGGGACGCCCGAUGUGGAUCUGCUUUGGUCCUUGGAGAGACCAGAAACAGCAGGUAGUGGAUUUUUCUCACAACCGGAAAUGUCCUUAAAGCUGGAGGAAGCGUCUUUAAAGGGGCAGAUCCGGGGAGUGCUUUCCGGCGCUGUGCUUCUGAGCAGUGCAUGUUCUGGAGAUCUGGACUGUAGAGACCAAGUGUGCGAGCCAAGUCUAGUGAUGGAUGGGACAUCUCUGGUGACCUACAGCACAGAGAGGGUCAGCCUGGUGGCACCGAGAUUUGGACGAACCGAGACAUGCACCUGUCCUGGAGGGAUGUGUCGCGCUCCACUAGAGCUCUGUGAAGGCCAGUCCUGUCCUUCAGACAUGCAGUGUGUACGCCCUGGUCCUACAGCGCCCUCUGUCUGCCAGUGUCUGCCUGAAAGACUGGACAAUUGUGCAGGUCAAACCUCCUUGAGUUUUUCUGGAAACAGUUACAUCAAGUACAGGGUAACAGAGAGUGGUCAGAGUGGAGAAAUGAAACUUGGUCUGAGGAUCCGAACCCUUCAGAGACGAGGGGUGAUCAUGUUCACGCGUGUUAAUCCCUGUACAAUGCUUAAGAUUGAGGGGGGUCGUCUGUGGUUUCAGUUGGAUUGUGACAACACUCUAGGCAUUAUGGGUAUUUCUGGGAGGCCCAUAAACGACGGUCUAUGGCAUGCUGUAUCGCUGGAGUUGACCAGGAACUACACGCUCUUGUCUUUAGAUGACAGCUACGUGGAGCGGCGCAGAGCAGCCAGAGCCCCUGUCCGCCUCUGGCCUUUGGCUCCAGACUCCUCCUUCUUCUUUGGGGCCCAAGUAAGAGCCCCAAAUGGUUUAGGAGAAAGGCCGAGUCCUGGACCGAGCAGGGGCCAGGCUGAACUUGGUGAUCGUGUGACAAGGGCUCCACCUAGAGCCCAGGAUGGUUUUCAGGGCUGCCUUGGUUCACUGACGCUGAACGGAAACGAGCUGCCUCUACAGAACAAGAGGAGCAGAUACGCAGAGAUAGCCGGUGUGAGCGAGGUCAAACUGGGAUGUGUGCUGUACCCGGACCCCUGUGUCAGUCAGCCCUGUCUCAACGGCGCCAUCUGCAGCAGCCUGCCCUCUGGAGGCUUCAGGUGCAGUUGCAAUGCAGGCUUCACUGGGGGGCGCUGUGAAGUUGAGCUAACAUCCUGCAUGCCAAACCCGUGCCAGAAUGAUGGUGACUGUAAGCCUAUGGGCAAUGCAUUCUUCUGCUCCUGUCCCAAAGGACUGGGGGGUCUUACAUGUGAUGAAGAUGUUGAUGAAUGUGACGAAGAGGAGUGCAGUGAUAAUGGGGAGUGCAUCAACACAUUUGGGUCGUUUUUCUGUAACUGCACAGAGGGCUUCGAGGGCGAGCUCUGCAGUGAUGAGGCACCUGGAGAGCUGCUAGACGACACACAGGCUGAGCCCCUGUCAUACGUGGGACCAGGAGAGAUCAUUGGCAUCGGGGUGCUUGCUUUUGUCAUCCUCCUUCUCCUCGUUCUUUUCGUCAUAUUUCGCAAAAAAAUCAAAUUUAGGAAAGACUCCGACUCUGGACCAUCUCAGACCAUUUUGGGGGUCUCUGCCAUCUCCACAGAAACGAGCUACAUGCUGCACAAGACUGGGAUGGGUGCAGAGGGCAUUGAGUUUAAAGCAGUGCGGGUGUCUGGCUCUCCAGGGACAAGCACAUAUGGAGAGGUGGGAGGAAGCACAGGUGGUCCUCCUCAGGUCAUGGUGCGCCCCAAUGCCCACUCACCCCUGCCUGGAGCUCUGGGCGGCUCCACACUGAGAGGAGAUAAGACUGCACCAAGUGACGGCAGUCAGAUGAGCAGUUUCCUGUCCGACAUGUCUAACAUCAGCAGAGGGGCAAACAGACGAGGGAUCGCUGUAUGCAGUGUUGCUCCAAACCUGCCACUGUCUUCCCCGCGGCGCCCGGAGCUCAGCCCAGUGCAUAAGGUGUCCUGGGAAGUACCACCUCCCAGACAGGACAGUCCACAGUCUGACCCUCCCAACAGAGACCAGAGAGAAGAGCAGUGGAGCCACAGAGCGUUUGAGAUGGAGCGAACACACAGGGAGACCAGUCCACGGGAGUUAGUGCGAGAAGGAACCUGUCUAUCCGACUCCACCUCAGAGGAACGCUCACUCAGCUCAUACACAUCGGAGUCCUUUGAUGACAAUGCCUCCAUAGUAACUGUCAUACGUCUUGUCAACGAUGCAGUCAACAAUAUCGAAAAUGAAGUGUCAAACAUGGACAAAGAACCGCGGCGGAACAGUCCUGUGCGCCGCCACCAGCCCAGCAAUGAUGAAAUUUGCUUAGAGUUCGUCAAAGAAUACCUAGUGGAUUCUUCACAAUGGGAGUCGUCCAGUCAGUCUGCAAGUUGGUUAUCACCCUCACGCCUGCGCCCGCCUGAAAUGGGGUCCCACUAUGACCCAGAUGACACCCAACAGACUAUCAGGAGGGGGGGCAGCACAAGGUCCCUACAACUUGAUUAUAGAGUCAUGAGUUUUGGGAGCAACGGAGAUAGAGGAAGAGCAAGAGGAAGUGGUAAGAGGCUGUUCCAGUGGGAGAGGAACCAGUCGGGUGAAUGGGAGCGGAGACGAGUUCUCGAACAUGAGACAAAAAACAAGGAGCAUGACAGAGACAUGUGCAAUGACUCUCCUGUAUAUGAAGAAUACAGAGAAACCAAACCAGGAGACCAAGACACAGAGGGCCUGUACGACACUCUACCCCCGACCCGUCCAGCCUACGAGGGGUACCCAUCCAGCCCGCCAGGCCUCAACCUCCAUCCCGCCCAGCUCUUGCCCCCCCUGAGGGCUUGGGAGCUACAGACUGGGGAGUGGAGGCGGAGCUCAGAGGAGGAACAGGUGGAGGUGACUGCUGCCACACUGUCCGGACCAGGGGACGAACUAGAAAGGCUUUUGAACCUGGUGUCGCUACGAGCCAGGAGGGCCACCCGGAUAAACCGCACCUCUACGGGAUCAGAGCCAACCAGUGGAUGGGACUCCUACCACUGA